AUGAAUACAUCACCUAGAAAAGGCAAGAACAAGAGAAGUACAACGACAAUUGAGUUGAAUUCUACAAAGGAGGACGAUGAGACUCGAAGUUUGAUUCCUUCUCGCAUGAAACACAUGACAUCACUUGAAGUUAGUGUUGAAGGUCCGCUUAAGGUCAAAAGGCACACUAUCAUACUAACUGGAGAAGUUAAGACUCAAGCGGAAAGUAAAAGAGAAGAAGAAAUUGAACAUGUUGCUUCUCACCAUGUAACAAUUGAAAAAGAUUCUAGCUCAGAUUCGGAGGAUGAUGAUCUCCAAGAAGCUCCUUUAAAACUUGAAGAUGGGGGGCAAUCAACUGUUGACAAUUUGAAAGAAUUUAACUUGGGAACUCCUGAUGACCCUCGACCAACCUUUUGGUGCGCUAAUUCUGAUUCUGUCGGAUUCUGUGGCAGUCGAUUCUUGCAAUGCAGAGGUCCAUUUGCAAAAAGAAGGCAUCACCUGGUGGAUUCUACUGUAAUUUCAGAAAUAAGAAGAUGCCUUGAAGAUGGAAUUGAGUUCCAAGGCAGUUUGUUGAAUUUUAGGAAAGAUGGAUCUCCAUUGAUGAAUAGAUUGCGUGUGACGCCUAUAUAUGGAGAUGAUGACAUAAUAACUCAUUUUAUUGGUAUCCAGUUCUUUACUGAAGCAAAUCUUGAUCUGGGUCCACUUCCAGGAUCUUCAACGAAGGAGUCUGCAAGAACAUCUGACUGGUUCCAUUCCAGUCUUUCCUCAUACAGGCCAAUUGCAGAUUCGAACCGAAGUAUCACUCGUGGUGGGGCUUGUGGAAUACUGCAACUGAGUGAUGAGGUCCUGUCUUUCAAGAUUCUUUCACGCUUGACUCCCAGAGAUAUUGCAUCUGUUGGCUCUGUCUGUAGGCGACUCUACGAGCUAAUAACAAAGAACGAGGAUCUUUGGAGAAUGGUCUGUCAAAAUGCUUGGGGUAGCGAAACUACUCGAGUUUUAGAGGCAGUGCCCGGAGCAAAGAGACUUGGGUGGGGUAGACUGGCAAGGGAACUCACCACUCUUGAAGCAGCAGCAUGGAGGAAGCUAACUGUUGGAGGUGCCGUUGAACCCUCUCGCUGCAACUUCAGUGCAUGUGCCGUUGGGAAUCGGGUGGUUCUUUUUGGUGGGGAAGGGGUCAACAUGCAACCAAUGAACGAUACCUUUGUUUUGGACUUAAACUCUAGCAACCCAGAGUGGCAACACGUCAAAGUAAGCUCUCCACCUCCUGGUCGUUGGGGCCACACGCUUUCUUGUGUGAACGGAUCUCAUUUGGUUGUAUUUGGAGGCUGUGGAAGGCAAGGUUUACUCAAUGAUGUCUUUGUAUUGGAUUUGGAUGCCAAGCAACCAACUUGGCGUGAAAUCUCAAGUCGGGCCCCUCCACUUCCACGAUCAUGGCACAGCUCAUGUACCCUUGAUGGGACAAAAUUGAUUGUUUCGGGUGGUUGUGCAGAUUCCGGAGUGCUGCUUAGUGACACUUUUCUGCUUGACCUCUCAAUGGAGAAGCCCAUCUGGACAGAGAUACCAGUAGCGUGGACCCCACCUUCUCGUUUGGGUCACACAUUAUCCGUGUAUGGUGGUAGGAAAAUCUUGAUGUUCGGGGGUCUCGCAAAGAGUGGGCCCCUGCGCUUCCGCUCCAGCGAUGUCUUCACGAUGGAUCUGAGUGAAGAAGAACCGUGUUGGAGAUGUGUAACCGGCAGUGGUAUGCCUGGUGCUGGAAAUCCAGGGGGCAUAGCUCCUCCUCCAAGACUUGAUCAUGUAGCCGUGAGCUUGCCGGGUGGCAGAAUAUUGGUCUUCGGUGGGUCUGUGGCGGGUCUUCACUCUGCCUCACAGCUUUAUAUCCUGGAUCCAACGGAUGAGAAGCCAACAUGGAGGAUAUUAAAUGUACCUGGUAGACCUCCGAGAUUUGCUUGGGGACACAGUACGUGCGUUGUUGGAGGGACAAGGGCCAUUGUUCUUGGUGGUCAAACAGGAGAGGAAUGGAUGCUAAGUGAACUUCAUGAACUAUCUUUGGCAAGUAAUGUUAUCUGAUUUGGGAGAAACAGAAAGAACAAACAAGGGAUUCUUUGACCUCUGGGAAGUGAAGUUCUCUAUAAGUUAAAAUCAAUGUGGAGAAAAUGUGCAUUUGUUAUGAAGAUGCAUGACAGAUAUAUAUAUAUAUAUAUAUAUGGCUCUGGUUGAUACUUGCGAAAGCAGAUGCUGCUGUUGCAUCGGUGCAUUUUCUUGUAAGAGAUCGCGAUGCACACUUUCUGAGUGACUUUCCAUCAGUGUUUGAGGCGUGAUGUAUGUAACUGAUAGUUUGGACACAUUGGACCAUUACCCCUUUCUAGGUUAAUUAAUAGUAGUACUUUGAUAGUUUGGUAGUUUCUUUGUUGAUAGCAAACCAUGUGUUUAUUGUGGUUUAGCAGGUUCCAUAAUUUAGACCCAACUUUCCCAACUACCUUCUUCAUCCUCAUCCCCGAGACCAUUAAAGAAAGAAAGAUGGGUGAGAAAAAGAAGAUAAGCAGCGCUGCAUGUGUAUAUAUCUAGUGACGAACUGAUUUCAUCUUUUUUAUGCAUCUUUUCUGGACAAUCUUAUUAAGCAAGGGGGUGAGGCUGUAAUCUGGAGAAGCGGUCAGUGUCACCAUUGUUGCAUAAUGGUUGCUUGCCUGCUCUUUUCUGCUACGGCUGUGGUGGUUGGGAUUGUUGAGACAGUUUUUUUGCUCUAAUAGUUAAUAAGGGUCCGAUGAUGCUGCUUCUCACGUGUUUGCUAGUUGUGGUUCAAUCUUAUUUCGCAUUCGAAGUUAAGCUUUUGGAUAUGUUGCUGUUUAAAAAGUUUAUUGUGUUUUAUAGCGUUC